CCUGAAGGUUAUUAAUAGUGGCUCCAACUGGAUCAGGUAUCUUUCGUAUAAAAACACGGACGCCUGAAAAAUCUUGAACCGUCACCAGGCACCAAGCAAGCAAACGUCAACAUGGCUCUCUGUCUCUCUUAUGUCAGCGCUAGCCUUUACAAAGGUCUUGCCAUUGGCCUCCUUAUCUCAUGGACACUCACCUCGCUCGGUUAUACCGCCCUGGCCGCCCUCAACACCAACAGCACUUACCUCGAGAUCAUCGCUUGCACUACCAUGUUCACCUUCCUCAUGUGCCGUCUCCUCGUCGCCUGGAACCCGUCUUCUAAAUCUGAGAAUGUCACCAUCGCUCAGCUGAUUGCUUCCGCGGACUCCGGAUCUUGCCGGGGUGCUUUAGUCCUAUUUUCGCUGUGCUGCACAUGGCUCUAUGAGCUACUCAACCAGGCGUUGGUGUUGUUCUUCAUGACGGUCUUCGGGACCGAAACCCAGAACGGAAGCACGACAUCCCUCUCUGUCCAUGUCAAGGAGUUCAAGGAAACGGCCGGAUUUGAUCCGACGGAGAUCUUCAAGAUGAUUCCCCCGCGAGUGUUGCUUUAUUUUGUUGGACUGAUGUGGUUGAACUUUUUGAGCUUGGGGGUUUAUGUUCUGGGCCAUGCGGUGGUGUCGUUGAAGAAGGUGUUGACUUUGCCUACGUCUACAUCUCGCGACGAAGGAGUCGACGGUUGAGAGACAGGGCCUCGGAUCCAAGUAUAUAGAAUUGACAGCUAUUUUAUUGGCUGAUUAGAUGAGCAAUCUCUGCG